UUCUCUAACUGUACCGCGAGGAGGUGAGGAUCGAGGAGUGAGGAGGCUUCCCAAGGAGUUAUGAGCGAGGAUACACAGGUGCAUCCUUUGCGGAAGUCUUUGCAAUCGAGAAACGUGACGCACGCAUAAAUUCUCCCCCUUUAUAUCUAUCACAAUAAUUUAAAUUUAAAUAAACUUUAUACCUCAUAUAUUCCAACGGGGCAUCUUGCUUUAUUAAUAUUUAUUAUAUAUUUCUUUAAAUAACCAAACUUUAUCAACAUGUGGGUAUCCCUCGUGUGCAGCCGAUGACGCUUUGAAGUGACGCUAAAGGGAGCGAGGAUAUAUCAUUACACUUGAUUCAAUUCCUACAUCCUCGCAUCUUUUCCUUGCUUCCUUCCCUCGCAUCCUGAAGGGGUGGAGCUAAGACGUGAGGAAAGGAAGCAAGGAAAGGAAACGAGGAUGCACAAAUAAGAAUUGAGAAGCACCCUUUGUUAUCACACCCUUUAUAUUAGACUCACUCCCUCCACUCCCUGUCCAUUCUUAAUGUUAUCUUGUUUUAAUGUUAUGUUUUUGAGUGUUAGCUGUUCUGUUUCCUUGUUUGAUAAAUCACCUAUUUUUGUAGAAGUUUGAUUCAGACUCUUCCCUGCUGCAGCUACACACGCUUAUAACAUGUUUAGUUUUUUCUUUCUCUUUCUCAGAGUUGUCUCUUGUUUGCCCAAAUGACAUCUUAUUUUCUGAUCCUGGAGAAGAUGUUGUUCUGUCGUGUCAUCUUAAUCCAGCCAUCAGCGCUGCUUCAAUGGAGAUCAAGUGGUGGAAAAAGCAGGAUCUGGUCUGCCAUUAUAAGGAUGGACAGAUGACAGUUAACUGUGAGGGUCGAGUGAGCUUCUCAUGGCAAGAUCUACUCAAUGGAAAUGUGUCUUUGACUCUUAGAGACGUCAGGAGAUCACAGAAGGGCCACUAUAUUUGUGAAGUCAUUCAUGAAAGUCGAACAAUAAAAGAAUAUAUUUUUCUCCAUAUCAGCUCUGAAGAUAUUAGUCUUGUGGUUCCUAAUGGCAUUGUAUCUGCUGACCCUGGAUCAGAUGUCAUCUUACCUGUUCAUCUCUCACCUGAAACCAGUGCUGUGUCCAUAACAGUCAGAUGGUUCAGAGAGACAGAGCUCAUUUAUCAGUAUAAGAACAGGCAGGAGGAAACAAAUGAUAUCUAUGAGCACCGACUGAGUCUGUCCAUCCAGGAGCUGGAGAGAGGAAAUCUUUCUCUGACUUUGAGAAAUGUUCAAAAGUCAGAUUCAGGAGGUUACACAUGCAAAGUAUUUUAUGAUGGAUGUGAGAAGACAGGAAUAGUUUACUUGCGAGUGAGCGAGGGAGUGUUGAAGAAUUGGAUAAAGAAUCCUAAGAAGUGGGUAGAGGAGUGUGAGAAGCCGCAUAGAAAAGAAUUAGAUCCUACACCUAAACGUAGGCGUAGAAAUAGUGUGGAUGGAAAUCGCCCCCUCAUGAGUGAUUGUGAUUUGGACAGUGACAAUGAAUUGGACACGGACAGAGAAAAAGAAUUGGAGAACAUUACCAGGAAGAGGAAACAUAAUGGUGAAAAAAUUCAGGCAAGCAGGGGCAGACUGGGACAAAAUGUCAGCCCUCGCACUGUAAGAAGUAUACCAGCCGGUGCACCAUUGCCCCCGACAGCUCCACUACCAUUACCUCGGAUACGUCGAUUUCCAGAGCAUCAAAAUCAGGAAAUGGAACUGCUAUUGCAACUGGAAAUGCAGACUGGUGAAACACCAUUAGAAGAAAUAACAAAUGUUCAUACGGCCAACUAUGCAAAGAAGAGGGAACAUAAUGUGAGUGAUAUGAAAUUGGACAGUGAAGAUGAAUUGGAGAGACUUUGGGAGACGAUGGAGCCCAGUACCAGUGCAUCACUGAAUACAUCUAUUGCACAAGAGAACCCUGGAGCAACAAGAACUCAAGAACAAGAGAGUGAAUCCACAGAACAAGAGAGAUUCUCUCCAGCUGUACAAUCACAGGUACAAGAAAGAGAAGAAACAUCACAGUCAGUCACAGCAGGAGAUACGACACAAACACCAGAGAGACCAGAAGACAGAACGCAAUAGAGAUGAGAGUGCAGCCAAAAAAAAACAACAACAACAAAAAAAACAAAGGCCUGGAGUGAUUUCUCAUGACACCUAUUUUAAUGAUUUCUGUCAGGGACCUUUUAUUCCAAAGAAUGGGUUACAACACCUUUACAUUUGUGUUCCAAUUGAAUGCAACAAAACAUUUAAUUUUAUAAUGUUGUUAGAACAUUUGUUAGUUUUUUCAGGUACUGCUUUUUUACACAAGGUCAAACUGAGACUUAAGACAUAAAAUUUACUUAAUACAUUAGCCUAAUCUAUUUAAAUUUUAACCAUCACAGUCUGUAAUGUAUAUGGAAAUGUACAGAAAAUUGAAUGUUGACAUGAUUUUAUGAUUUUAAUUUGGAACAUGUUUAUUUUUUAUGGUUUUCAUCUCUUCUUACAAAAUGUCCUUACUGCAACAUUACAAUAACAGUAAUUUUAUACUUUUCUUUUUUAAUUUCUAUAAAAAUGUAAUACAUUUGCAUAGUUACUUUUAAGAUUUGUCCAUUUUUGUAAAUACAGAUAUUUAAAAAAAUAAUUUAAAAUUAGGGGAUUUUAUGAUAUUCUUUAUUCCAUGGAAAAUUUUGAUUCUAACCUUAAAUAGUAUAGUAGGGAUAAACAGUAACAGACAAAAUAUGAACUUGUAUUAUAACAACAAACUAUUUUAGGCCUUUAGUAUUUUAAUUUUGCCCUCUGGUUUCUUUUGUUUAUCCUCCACUGUCUUAUUUUCCGAUUUGUCAGUUUAUCUGCUCUGCUCUUUUUUCCAACUAUUCAUAUCUGUCAGGGUCUUUUCUCAUCAAGUCUCUGCAUUUCUGUCAUCGUAUUAGAUGAAUUUGGUAUCCAGGGUUGCAAAAAUGGCAUAUUAAUAUUUAGAUUACAGUAUAAAACUAGGUCUUUACCUCAACACCUAAAAAUGCUGUGGUAAAGACAUGUUGCGGAAAUUACAUUUUUGCUAAUAUUGCUGAUAACUGGCAGCUUGCAAGGUCUGAUACAUCAGUUUUGACUUUUAGCACCACAUAUACAUGUAUUCGACAGUAAUAUCAAUUUAUUUUUAAAAUGUAGUACAAAAUACAUAAUUACUAAGAUGAAUGGUAAGGACACAUAAUAAAUACUUAUGAAGAUAAAAGAUGAUCUUUAUCUUAGUUUUCUGGAUCUUGUGAGUGGGGGUGGCCCAAUCUAUCAGCCAUGUGCUCACAUGCUAAUUUCUGUUUCCAUAGAAACUAGAUUUGUUUGGCUUUGAACAAAUGUCACAUUAAGAGUCUUUUUUCAGUGUUGCAGUAAGGACUCAAACAUGUGGGACAGGUGUAUUUAGAUGGGGAAAAAAAUCAUAAAUAAUGAAUAAACAAAACUUUAAUAUAGUGUAAAGUAACAUUUUUGUAAAACUAAUUCAUUUGAAACAAUGUCAUAUUGAAAAAAAAAAGCUAAUUUUACGCAUUUAAACCACAGGUGUGGGACAUGAGCAAAAAUGGUGUCUGGACCUAUAAAUGCUUCAUAAUUUUUCAUUAAGCCAUAUUAUUCUUUUAUUAUUUUUUAAGUCAGUGUGUGUAAUGACACUGUGUAUAUUUAUGAUGCUUUAUAUGACAAAUUUUAACAUAAACCUUAAAUUUCACUACUGGAACUUAAAAGUGCACGUAGUUGCAGAACCACCCUAAUAUCUCAGUGCCUGGUUUCAGAGACAAGGCUUAAGCUAGUCCUCAACUAAAAUGCAUGUAUAAGCUGUCUUAACUGAAAGCACCUUGCCCUGAUAUCUUAAAAUAUAUCUUUUAAAAUUUAGUAAGCAAUUUAGAACAUGGGUAGAGUUGGGAGUUAGUUAGAGGGUGUUGUGUUUGUUCUUUUGGCUUUUAAAUCCCGUUUCUGAUGUUAUUUUCAUUUUUAUUUUUCAUCAUUAUUAUGUUUGUACAAGUUAUUAUAUUACACUACAUGAAUGAGAGGGGACAAUGAAAGUUAGAAGCAGGUCAUUGUAUUACAAGGUAAUGCAACUAGAUUUAAGAUUUAAUUUCUUUUGAAUGACAAAUAUUAUUUAUGGCUUGCUUUACACUUUCUCUCUUACUCUGGUAAUCUGUUAUUCCUUUACAUUUUGUAUGUGAAUUAAUUAAAAUAAAAGACAACAGGUCACUUUUUAGUAAAAUUCAAGCACACGUGUUAGUGGUUUUAUUAUAAUGGGUGUGAUGUUUGUGUUCGCUGAUCUCAGAUGAUCAACAUGAAGACCCAAACAUGUUGAUUGAUUUAUUUCAUCAUGUUUCAUUUCAUUUUCACUUUUUGUUCUCUGUUUUGUAAUCAUUCUCACAUUGGAUUUGUAUUACUUGUUUAGCAUUAGUUACUCUCAAAUGUCCCCAUAUUUAUGACGUUUGUUCUGUUGUCUUUACCUAAGAAACUUAUCUGUUUAUUCACACUAAUAGUCAUUAAUGCAUGUGUAAAGGGUCUCGGGUGAUGAAGCCACUCUGCGUUGUGUUGAUGCACUGAAUAAGGAAACUUAUUAAGGAAUCUCUUGCUGCACUGUAUUUAUUUUCUGCAUAAAUGAGAAAUAUAUGCUGUAAACAUGUUUGUUUGAUAAUUCAAUAGCACAUUGAGUCAAGACCAUGAGACAACCACCUCUCGGCUUGUGAACUGAGUGAGCGGAGCAAUCUAAAGCGCUUUAACAAAUUUUGAAAAAUCAAAACAACAUAAAUAAUCCAUACAACACUUAAUCCAUGACACUUCAUAAAAAAAAUCCAUUAAAAUCGGCAUGAAAUCAAAAUGUAUACGACCCUAU